CAGAAGCCCACCCUCCACCCCUGACACCAUGACCAACUGUUGCUCCCCUUGCUGUCAGCCUACGUGUUGCAGGACCACCUGCUGCAGGACCACCUGCUGGAAGCCCACCACUGUGACCACCUGCAGCAGCACACCCUGCUGCCAGCCCUCCUGCUGUGUGUCCAGCUGUUGCCAACCUUGCUGCCGCCCAAUUUGUUGUCAAAACACCUGCUGCCAGCCCACCUGUGUGACCAACUGCUGCCAGCCUUCCUGCUGCAGCUCACCCUGCUGUCAGCCCACCGGCUGUGGGUCCAGCUGCUGUGACCAAACCAGCUGUGGGUCCAGCUGUGGCCAGACCAGCUCCUGUGCACCUGUCUACUGCAGAAGAACCUGCUACCACCCCACAUGUGUCUGCCUGCCUGGUUGCCUAAACCAGAGCUGUGGAUCCAGCUGUUGCCAGCCCUGCUGCCGCCCAGCCUGCUGUGAGACCACCUGCUGCAGGACCACUUGCUUCCAGCCCACCUGUGUGUCCAGCUGCUGCCAGCCUUCUUGCUGCUGAUCAAGUCCCAAGAGAACCACCGUCCUCAAACAACAACUUUCUGCUCAACUGACAUAUCUUUUGGGGGACUAACUUACUUUGCUGCUAACAGCCACCAGGCCCUCACCUAAAUUUUUAUGAAUUCUCUGCAUGUAUAAAUCUUGGGAAUCUGCUUCAGGGACAGCAAAAUACUUCAUCCUGAUUCUCUUUUUCCUUCCACCUUGUGGAUCAUGUGCCAGCUUUGUGUGUUCUCAAUUUGGAGUCAUGAUCUCAGCUUUGACUCAAAACUCAGGAGCUUCAUUCUCUGCUUCUAAGGAAUUUAGGUUACUACAACUGAUCAAUAAUCUUUGCAAUCAUAUUUUUGUUUUCAAUAUCCUCCUCAUGUUUCUCGUAUCCUUCUUUCUUCUUUUCAUGAUAACUUUGGGUUAUGUCCCUGGUAACAGAGAUUCUUAGCUCUAUGUUUCUGAAUAAACUCUGAACCAACUUCAUCUCA